CGUCUUAUUGGCUUCCAAGAAGAGCAUCGGGAUGUAUCGUUCAUAUUAAGUUACCUAUGUCAUACGGACCCUGCUUGGGCUGAGACUCAUUCCCUCGGGGCCAAGACUAGGUAGUCGUCGAUAGAUCCAAUGCCACAUAGCUUGCCUCACUUCUUGUUGGUAGAUGCUGCAUGGAGCUGGGCUUCUGAUACAUGAGGUAUCUAGAUGGACCGUUGCACGCGGAGCUCCCCUUUCGCCGCACAUGUGUGUGUAUAUAUAAGACGGCACAUCUAUAAAUCGAUCCAACUUUUCAACUUAAAGCUUACGGUUCACAAAUCUUAAUCAAUGCUUAUACGUUCCUACGACCAAACCCUCCAAGCAUCGUCUCGCCGUCAGUCGACAUUCAAUAUGGCGCCCUCGACCGUAGUCUUCGAUUAUAGGGGUCAGAUAGUAGAUAACUGCGAGUUCUUUUUAGCCAAACAUGACGUCGUCUCCGUAGUUACCGUCAAAGACGUUCUGGGAGAUUAUAAAGCAUACGCGAUUCGGUCCAACCAAAGCUCACGGGAUGCACUUCUCUCCUCCGAACCCCGUGCUACGCCUCUACUCGCCGUAGAAUCUCUCCACACAAAGUCGUGCGAGGCCGUCCAGCAAUUCAUCACUACCAAUGGGUUCUCCUUUCCCCCGGACUCCAAGAAAACUAGGUUUGAUGACGAGGACGAAGAUGAGGACGAGGAUGAGGAAGAUGGGAAUGACGACGACGAUAUAGCUUCUAUCUUCUCCAAUAUCCUAUCCGAUCGUCCCGCGCUGUCAACCGCGGCCCCGUCUUACAAGGCCAGCUCGGAUAGAGAGGUUAAAAUGACGCCUGCCACGUCCGCGCCCACGGUUCCCGUCACUUUUUACGGCCGCGAGAUCAGAGACGAGAGAAGCAAUAAUAAUAUUAGCAAGCCCCGCACCAACCCACCACCACCCCCACCAGGUCGCCAGUCCCCCGAAGCUUUCAUAUUCCCCAACAUCCGGCCCCCCUACACGCUAUCCCAAGCAGAAGAGCUGGUCAUGGAGCUUAUGAACGGCCCCCUAUCCAACAACUACCCACGCUUUCCCGGCCCCCCGCCGCCACCACCCCCACCGCCCGGAUACAACAACACCGCCCCCAAGCCCCAAGCCGCCAUCCCCUCCUGGCCCCCUGCCGCCGCGCGCGGCCCGUCCAUCCCACCGGCAAACUUCUCGCCCCCGGGGGCCUCGCGCGGUAGCCUACCGCGCGGCCAGGGCCAACCCAGCGCGUUCCCGCCCCAGCCACGGCUCUACGACAUCGCGCUGACGAUACGCUGGCUGGGCCACGGGGAGGCGCGGGUGCUGGCGAGCUGCAAGGCCAGCGUGACGGCGCUCAAGAGCACGGCGGUGACGUACGUGACGCGGCACGCGGGGGCGUUCGACAAGGAGGGGCAGCCGCCGAACAGGAAUAAUCCGAAGUGGAUGGGGUGCGUGCGGCUAAGGCGGGCGAGUAUUCGGAAUGUGAAUGAUGAGGAGUACGAUUUGAAUAUGGAGCUGUAUCAGGAUGAUGACUUGACGCGGUUUUGCGCCGGGAGGGGGAUCCCGAGGUUUGAGGUUGAGGUGGAGGAUCAGGAUCGGGUUGUUGAUGGGGGGGUUUGAAUGGGAUGGAUGGAUGGAUGGGGUGGGUGAAGGUGAAGGUUGGGGUGAGAUGAUAUGAGAUGGUGCGAUGUGAUACGAUACGAGACGAGACGAGACGAUACGAUAUGGUGCCGACCAGGUUAGAUAAAAGCGCUUGAGCUUUGAGUUGAU